GUUCACAGUUUAUCAGUUGCCAGUACAGUAGCAAUGCUUUAGACGGACGUAUUACAUUUCAAACAGUGUACGGAUUACUGAAAUGUAAACGUGUUUGCUUUAUUUACAAAAUAAGGCUAUCUAGGACACAAAGUCGUUAAUUAAAAACCGGGAAUAUACAGUUGAGCAGGGACAAUGUUGAUAACCAACUAUACAUAUUUUUAACUACUGGAAAUUGACGAGAAAGUGGUGUAUAUAAAUAUUGAAAUAACAGCUUUAUCUAAUCAAUUGCGACUGAAAGGUUGAGGUGUGAAUAAUAGACGGAAAGUGAAAAUGGAAUACAUGUGAGUAGUUUGUGUUCCGUUGAAAAAGCACAGGUACUUUCGAAUGAUAAACGCGGGAGCUAAUCAUACUGUAUGUGCAUUAACAAUGCGUUGUGAUGCUGAGGACCUAGCUCAUUACAUGCAAGCAAGUUACAGCCAUGCUUCCAUGCAUAUAUUUAUAACAAUAUCAGCAGUAGCUGUAUUCAUCGGAACUAGGCAUGUAUUCUCUAAAAUACGAAACGAAAUGGCCGUUUUGACGGUUAUCAUCAUUGGUGCUGGACCAAUCGGACUAACGUCAGCACUAAUUGCAGUACAGUGUAAGCGGGUCCAUCGACUGGUUAUAUUUGAGGAAGAGAAUCGUUUACACGUGGAAAAUCGGUCAUAUCAAAUAACCAUACAGCCUUCGUUAGUUUCGUUCCUUAGAAGUUACGGAGUUGACUUUGACAAUCUGGAAGGCAUAUGGCAAGAUGGUUGUUUCUACACUCGUGUUGGCAUCUAUUUGGAAUACAUUAUACAUGUUUUACCACUGUACAGAACUAAAAUAGAUAUCGGAUUUGGAACAAAGUUCACCCGUGACUGUAGCGACACCAUCGAUGCCAUAUCAGGACGAAAACUGGUGAUAUGCUGUGAUGGACGUUCGGGCUUAGCGGGCCAGAUGCUAGGUCUGAGUGAUGAAUGUGUCUACCAUUCCACCGCGUCCUUCGGUGCCCUGGCUGCUAUUGAACGAAACAGCCAAACCCUUGUGCCAAAAUCUGAAAUUCGGGUCCAUAACAUUGGAUUUGACCUUUCUGCCUAUGUUUCAUCCGAGUUCGAAGAAGAUUCAAAUUCCAAAUUUACUUUGAAAAUAUUCGGAAACUCGAGAUGUAGAUUUCUUGCACUUGCUGUAAGGAAGUCCGAUUCUAAAAUUGUCAAAGCAAUGAAAACAGUUUUGGACAAAUCAAUGAUGCGCAACAUAUUUCUCAAAUGCUUCAACACAUACAAACAGCCCGAAGAAGCCAGUAUCAGCGAUUCGUUCUGCCUUAACCACAUGAAAUUUAGCCCUCGUCUCUUUGAAAUCAGGCUUUCUCAGAAGACAGAGAGCACCGCCUACAUAUCUGACUGUGACCUUUUUGUUAUAAGUGAAGGAGAGGCAUCGAGAUCGUUCAAUUUUAACACAGGAAUGGAUAUAAACCUAGGAAUGAAAGGUCUGUCAUCGCUAGAACCAUUCAUAGACAGAAUUACAGUGGCGGAAACAGAGUACAACAUUAUGUCAUCCCUUAUAUACAAAAUGGAACAUUCCGAUAAAAUUUGCAGAGAAUUUCUUAAACAUGGUUUACAUGAAUAUUUAUUUUUGUGACAGGCUUUUUUGGUCAAUUGAACGCACUCAAUUCUAUGGUAUUGUGUUACAUAAAUGCAAAUGUUUCAACGCA